AUGGAUGCAAGUUCAAGUGACACGCCGGAGCCUGGCGCUCCUUGGCGGGCGCUCGACUCGCUUUCCGUUUCUGGCAACAUAGCCUGCGCGCCGCAGCCUUUGUCACCACAACAGUCGAAUCUUCAACCACCACCAUCUCAGUCGCGUCUUGAACCACCCGCUCACUCCGAUCAAUUGCAGGAGGUACUGAAUCUCGCGAAAGACGUUGCGACAGACAAACUGCAUCUCACACCAGAUGACGAACCUAUCAAAUUCACCAUUUCCCAAGAGUCGUGGUUAGAGCUACAAGAAGACUCUAACUUUGAAUUGUGCACAGAACGGAAAUCAUUUCGAGUCUUCUUCGACAGUUCGUGCCGUCGUCUUACCAUUAUGCCUCCUCCGAGCCAUAUGCACCAGUCCUUUAUUCGUCUCCUUACGGGACUCGCGUACCAGGCUAAAUCUGACAUGACACCUACUCUCGCACCUGAGAUCUCGAUCGACGCUGGUACAGCUAUUAGUAUCCACACAGGAGAGCACAUGUCCUCGGAAAAAGAACCCGACUUAGUUGUGGAAUGGACAAAGGAUUUGUACGAUAUCGGAGAUCACACGAUUGUCGAAGUGGGCAAUACCCAACCCCUGAAUGAUCUCCGAUAUCUCGCCCGGUUCUACAUGAAUGGUGAUACUCAUACCCAACGUGUUAUCCUCAUCGAUAUUACCGAAACACCAAGAUAUCAAUCUCCAAAGUCUAUCGAUACCUCUCAGGAGUUUCGUAGAGACGAGAGAACAGGUGAAAUUUGGUUCGGAAACGUCAAGGUAGUUGGGGAGACGAAAAUUCUGUGGGAGGUGUGGGAAAGAGAUACUUCUGGUGUUCCGCAGCCGAUCUUUCAGGAGGUUUUCGCGUUCGGCGAGAUGCCGUCAAGAAACCUUCCUUUCUUGACAAUCCCCGGAGGAGGUGGUUAUGGCGACGCGGCGACUUGGAGAGGGGUGAAUACUUCUGUCACGCCACAGAUGGUCAAGAACUUCUGGAUGAAGGAUUGGGCUCGUUCUACUUGCAAAGACGCUAGGAGACGGAUGUUGCCGCUGCUAGGUAAGCAGAGACUGGAGGAAGCAUGGGAAGAAUUUCGCGCCAGGAAUCUCAAUGUCAUCGAGCCGAGUUAG